UCAUCAAAACCAGGAAGACAGACAGUACUUGCUGUUAGUGGUGUCUUGCUGAAGGCUGACGAGAACAGGACAAGUCAUUCUGCUUUCUUUUAAAAACAAGGACAAAUAGAAGAAUCAGCCUUUUCUUGAUUCCAGAUUUGGAGUUCAAUUUUUCCGGGACAGAUGUGUUUCAGGUUUUCAGAAAGGUGAUAGCUUUCUCGUUUUUUUCGAGGACUGUUUAGAAGACCUCAAACUUGGCAAGUGAGCCCACUCUACGACGCAUAUGUGACAAAAAUGAACAUCGUCGUUUUCAUCAUUGCGGUCUUGUGUAGCCCGGUUUUCUCACAGUAUGGUUGUUUUCUCAACUACAGUACAGCAGUUUACACUGUUGAUAUACCCGAAACUAUUAAAGCUGGUGACGUUUUGUUAACAGUUUUCACUACUGAUAACAUAACUAUAGAGGAUGCUGGUUUCAAUCUGAUAAUGCCAUUUUUUAUUGAGCUGCAAUUAGUUUCCUUGCAACAAGGAGAGCACGUUUAUAAUGUGAUAUCAAAAACCAGCGUGACCGAACUUGACUACAAUACAACGCUGUGUCACAUGUCUCGAUAUUGGGCUUUUAAUUUGGUCUGCCUGUCAUCUCCGUCAAAUGAGGUUUACAUUAUGUUUGCAGUGAACUACACUGAUGACUACGAUCCUGUGUGGACACAAAAUCUCACACUCUCAGCACCAGAGCUUGCACCUAUCAAUACCUCGAUUACAAUUUUGUCACAAAUCGAAGGUCUUUACACGGAUCAGGACUGUGCAAGUCCGAACAGUCGUUCACCAUUCUAUUCUAUUCAGGGAGGAAACACUGAUGCAACAUUUCGAAUGCAGUCAACAUCUGGCGAAAUUGUUGUAAACAGAUUAAUUUCCUAUCAAAAAGGAGAAACCAAGUUCCAACUGACUGUGUCCAUAACGACGUAUAGUCCCUGGGAUUCCCCUGGAAGACAUAGUUCUGCGCCAGUUGUAAUUAACAUCCAUGAUAUCGACGACAACGACCCCGUUUUUGACAAUCCACAAUAUACUGUACAUGUCCAAGAGGAGAACUCCACUGUGCUCAAUGAUCCACUUUUUACUUCCCCCCCUGUGUUUGCCUUCGACCAAGACACUGGCAUCAACGACAGCGUCACAUACUCCAUCAACGGCAUCACGGACACUGUAGGCAUUCACAAUGAGACUGGGCAAGUGUGGGUAACACGAGUGAUGGACAGAGAGGUGGAGCCUUUCGCUAAUGUGAACAUUAAGGCAAAUCAGGUGCACAACUCGUGGAGGUCGUCGGUGGCCUCGGUCCUCGUGGUAGUAGAUGACAUCAACGACAACCGCCCAAAGUUUUCGAUAAACAAUCCAACUCUCGUCACAAUUCCAGAACAUUCCGCUUUCGGUUCGUCGGUUGUUCGAGUUUUAGCCCUUGAUGCUGAUGAGGGAGAUAAUGCACUUUUCAAUUACACACUUAAAUCACACCAAAAUGUCUUCAACAUUCAAACCGACAUUCUGGGAAGUCCGCGGUAUGGCAUCGUGACGGUGGUCAAUUCUUCCGCCCUGGACAGAGAAACCAUUUCUUCUCUGACUCUAACGGUGUACACUGAAGAGUUCACACCACAACAAGGAGGAGACUGCAGUACUGGCAUGUGCAACAUCACCAUCACCAUACAACUGACCGACAUCAACGACAACAGCCCUGUCUUUGACAACUCCAGCUACAGGCUGACAGUCAGGAACAACAUCAAAGGUGUCUUCUUAGUGGCGGUCAAUGCAAGUGAUGCUGACGAAGGUGAGAACGCAGACCUGAGGUACAGGUGUUUGCCCUCCUACGCCCUCGGCAGUGACGGCUGCAGUGUAAUUACAGUUGAGGACAAAACUGGCGAAAUCAGUCUGAGUCAGCCUGUGGACAAUUUACAGGUUUACUAUGCCUCUAUAGAAGCAUGUGACAGUCCUACUGAUGUCUCACAAAUGCGCUGUACCACAGUCCCCGUUAUGAUCAGUCUGAACCCUGACCUUCAGCUCAACGUGACGUCAUACAACUUCACAGUUUAUGAGAAUUUACCGGCGGGUACCUACGUUGGUGACAUCUUGAAUUACAACAAUCAAUUUGAACUUCAAGACAAAAAUUUUGAACUCAAUGGAAGAACACUCCGUACAAAAAAAUUCUUGGACAGGGAGGAGCAGGACUGGUACACGUUUGCUAUCAACACUCGUAACGAGAACAACACAAACAUCUCUGUCCUGGUCACUGUGCUGGACGUCAACGACAACAGUCCAGUCUUCAACAACACCAACUACAAACUGACCGUGGUGAACAAUAUUAAGGACGUCCUCGUAGAGACCAUCCGUGCUAGUGAUGCUGACGAAGGUGAAAACGCACAUCUCAGUUACAAGUGUGUGUCUGUAGCAGACAUGGAUGGUUGUGGUGAGAUUACUGUCAACAGUACAACUGGGGACAUAAGGCUACGACAGCCUCUCACCAAAUCACAAAUGUAUUUUGCACUGGUUGAGGCGUGCGAUAACCAUGUUGAUGUCUCACAAAGUCGCUGUACUUCAGUUCCUAUCAGAAUCAGUCUGCCUCCUGAUUUUGACCUCAACGUGACGUCAUACAACUUCACGGUUCACGAGAAUUUGCCGGCGGGGACGUACGUUGGCGACCUCUUGGAUUAUGACAGUCACUUUGAGCUCCAUCAUGACAAAUUUCAGCUCGAUGAAGGAACUAUCCGCACUAAAGUUUCAUUGGACCGAGAGGCUCAAGACCAAUACAUGUCUGUCAUCAACACCCACAACCAGAACAACACAAACAUCUCAGUGCUGGUCACUGUCCUGGACGUCAACGAUAACAGCCCUGUCUUUGAUCGCUCCAACUACAGACUGACUGUGGUGGACAAUACUCGUGACGCCCUCGUGCACAAGGUCAAUGCUAGCGAUGCUGAUGAAGGUGAGAAUGCACGCCUCCAGUACAGAUGCAUGCCUUCCUAUGUCAGUAGUAGUAAUGGCUGCAGUGUGUUCACUGUUAACAACUCAACUGGUGAAAUAAGGUUGCAGCAGGAACUAACCAGUUUAGAAAUGUAUUUGGUGCUAGUGGAGGCGUGUGAUACUCCGACUGAUACCUCACAAAGUCGCUGCACCACAGUUCCUGUCAGAAUCAGUCUACUUCUCGAUUUUGACCUCAGCGUGACGUCAUAUAACUUCACGGUUCACGAGAAUUUGCCGGCGGGGACGUACGUUGGAGACAUCUUGUAUUACGACCCUCACUUUGAGCUUCAAGAUGACACGUUUGAGCUUAAUGAGAGAAACCUUCAAACAUUAAAAUCACUGGACCGAGAAAUGCAAGACCAACACAAGUUUGUCAUCAACACCAACGACCAGAACAACACAAACAUCUCAGUCGUGGUCACUGUUCUGGACGUCAACGACAACAGCCCGGUCUUUAACAAGUCAAACUACAGACUGAUUGUGGUGGACAACAAUGAAAACACCUUCUUAGAGACAAUUAACGCUAGUGAUGCUGACGAAGGUGAGAAUGCAGUGCUCAGGUACAGGUGUGUGUCCUCUGUAACAAGCAAUGAUGCCUGUGAUGUCAUGACAGUCAAUGACACAACUGGGGAAACAAGGCUUCUACAGUCUCUGGUCAGUUCACACACGUAUUACGCGCUGGUUGAAGCGUGUGACAGUCUCACUGACAUCUCACAGAGACGCUGUACCACAGUACCUGUUAGUCUCCAUCUUCCUUCAGCCUUCAACGUGACGUCAUACAACUUCACGGUUCACGAGAAUUUGCCGGCGGGGACGUACGUUGGCGACAUCUUGAAUCACGACGAUCACUUUGUUCUUCAGCAUGACAAGUUUGAACUUCAUGACGGAACUCUCCGCACGAAGAAGCCUCUGGACAGAGAGGACCAGGAUCAUCACACUCUUGUCGUCAACACUAACAACCAGAACAACACGAAUAUUUCCGUCCUUGUCAUUGUCCUGGACGUCAAUGACAACAACCCCGUCUUCAAACCGAACGACGGAUCUGUGACGUUGAGUGGGGAAGAGACGACUGGUCACGUGAUCACAGUUGUCAACGCCUCAGACGACGACGAAGGAGUCAAUGCUGAAAUGACCUACAGCUUACAGCCGGACUCAAUGUUGCAGUACUUCUACAUCAAUGAGUCAGGGGCAGUAAUUCUACAAACAUUGUCAACCUUAGAGACGAUGGACCUGCUGGUCAAGGCUUCAGAUGGUGGUUCGCCAUCGUUGUCCGGCUUCUACACACUCAGGAUAACUAUCCCAGCAGUCAACAGAAACGUUGUCAUUUUUGCACCAGUGACGAGCGACAAACUAGCCGGAGAGAGAAAGAUAAUUGAGAGUGAACUUAUGCGAAUCCUAGGUGCAAAUGUCACCGUUGAAACCGUUCGACAACAUUCAGCUGACAGCUCAGCAAUAUACAUCACUGCACGGGGCAUGAGCACAGGUCAGCCACUAAAAGUUGAAGAACUUCAAAAGCUUGUAGACUCAAAGCCUGUAGAAAUCGCUGACCUGUUUCGUCAGAACUUCCCUGAUGACACCAGUAAGACAACUGCUGCAGACGACUUCACCACUCCAGUCACCAUCGUCCUCAUCUUGAUUUCCGCCGUCCUCCUCGUUGUUCUUAUCAUUGCUGCGGUUGUCAUGUCAAGGUCUCACAAGGCGUGCUGUUGAGACAGGCUCUGUUCCACUUUUAAUGAAAACUACUGUUUUUAAAACUUACAAUUACAUUUUUGUGAAUGAAUCUUAAGCAGUUACGGCCGCUUCUAUUUGUUGAAAUUGUGAGAUAUGUUCAUUUUUGAUAUUGCUUAGUACUUUUUAAAAACAUAGCUAUUCCGUUUUAUACACCAAAUUUGUCCUCAUCAUUCGUCUUCCAGUCAUUAUAUGUGUCCUGCACAGCUGUGUGUAUGUGUUUGUGUGUGAGUUUGUGUUCGUGCUCUAUGUAAAACUGGAUGUGUGUUUUUACUCUCUAAUUUAAGAGCAAAGAAAAGAGCUGUGUUCAUGGAGGUGACACCUGUGUUUCUGAGCUCUGUGAAUGUUCUUGUAUUUUAUAUAAUUACUGUACUCGUGUUGCAUAAUUGUGAAUCUACAUUUCCUUGAUGGGAUUUGAUAUUCUGAUUUACUGGAUGUAAUUUUUAUGUCUUUUUGUGUGAAAAUAGUCUUGGAUUAUCUAGUUUUUUUGCUGAACCCUCGACCUCGAUCUCAGUGCACUGCAAGACUGCGCUGACCGCCUCCUCCCCUUCUACCCCUCCCCCGCUGUGUCAGAGGUGUGCUUUAGCACCUGCUAUAAUCUUCUAUUUGUUUUGACUUUUUUCCAUCCUUACCAUGACCCAUUUAGUAAUCUUGUGUUCUUUCUAAGAUUUUUCUGAAUGAUACAGCUCUCGUUAUUCCUUACAAAUAAAAAUAAAUUUGACCUUC